UCUACUUUCCCACGCUCCAACCAAGAAACAGUGGAAAAGAAUGCAAGUAUCGCCGAGGCCUGUCAUUAGGUUCCAUAUGCUCUAAUGAUCUUGCCUUCAAGUGCAGUUGCAGGAACCUUGAGAUAGUCACGGAGCCCUACAGAGCGGCUUUAGGGCCAAAGAUGUUACAAGGAUCACUCUGACGAAAGCUUAAACAGAAAGCUCUGCAGUAUCGUGCCGUGCAAUGUUCUCAAAGGCUAGCUAUAUAACACUCACAGAACCGUAUUCACUCAAUCCUCUCCAUAUGAUUGAUUCCCAGGUGCAUUAGGAAACCUUGCCAUCCUGCAACCGAUCGAGAUCCAACUGUACGUCUGUUUUCCUGCUGUCUACUACUCAAAGUUCGAGUCCCCAGCCAGUUAGGCUACUAUCACUUGCGGGUGCUCCUUGUGUACCCGGUGUACCUGCUGACUGGAGGCGUCUGAACGGAACAAAUGAUGUGGUGGCGUUGAUCCUGGAAAAUAGACAAGGUCGGAGCAGGUCUUCCAAAUUAGGAUUCCCAUGGUGGCCGCCUGACGCGCCAUAUAUCUUCUAGCUUGGACAACGUCAGAUGGCCUUUGCUCCAACAAAUGUCGUGCGAGAGUAUCGGACGCGCUGAGAACCACAUAUGACCGCAGAAAACACACCCGUUUCUCGUUCGGCAUUUUUAUUAGCCGAUAGCUGGAGUCUUCCACAUAUUUAAGCCAAGUUCUGUUCUGACUCAGACUAACGCUGUGUCUUCCUUACCUUGAAGCCCUUGUGCGAGGAGAUACAGACGGGCGAACAGUGCAUUUUCAAACAACAUAAUGUCUGCUGUAGCCGUUCCGCUCAAAUUCGCUCGCCUUGCCUCCCUCUUCCUGACGUUCUCUUUCGGGAUCGUGGGCCUCGCGCUGGGGAUCAACGCCCUCGUGAAGUCCAAUGAUCUCAAGGACUUCGUAAAGCAGAAUGCACCAUUGGGCGCACAGGUCGACAUCGACACCAGUGACGUCUUCUCCGUCGGCACAGUCGUCGUCGUUGUCAGCGGUCUCCUUGCCUUGACGUCCAUCAUCUUCCUGCCUCUCCUCGCAAUCUCGAGUCCCAUCGCGACGAGAUCUCUUCCUAUUCAAACUAGCGUUUUUGGAUUCUUGACACUUUGGCUGUUUGCCUCGUUGGUGCCGUAUACCACCUUCAUAGCGAAUCGAUCGGCAAAAAUUACUGCCACCUUGGGAGGAGUGCCUAUACCUGACAGUAUCAUUCAAAGCACUCAGCAGGCGCUUGGUGUGAGCCCUGUGUACAAGGAUGCCUCAUACCUGCGCACCGCCGUCAUUCUAGCAUGGAUCGCUUUCUUCUUCGGUAUCACUACGACCGCUUUGUCGUUCUCGGCCCACCGCCGUGCCAGGACUACCGGCACCGACUUCCGUCUGAGGGAUAAUGCACGGGCUGAUGACGCGAAGUCUAUUCCUGAGAAACAGGCCGACGAGAAGAAGGAGGUGGCUGAGGUCGCGCAGGGAGAUGUGUAGGCCAUAUGCAUUGCCAAGUUAUUGGCGUUUGUGGAGAUUUAUUGGUCAUGAUUAGGCUUCGCGUGUUACAAAUUCGUCCCAUCAUACCCUGGUUCCGCCUGUUACGAUUUGUCGGAAUAUGUUACUUCUGCCUAAUUCACCUAAUAAAUUUCAUGUUGUCGUACCAGACAAUUGCCGUGUGCACUUC